AUGGCGCUCUCAACACCCUGUAACCUUGUUGUCAACCCAUCUUUCGAAUCAGGCAAUCUAUUCCCAUGGUUCCCGUCUGCCCUCAACGUGGCCAAGAUAAGCAAUGCAACCAAAGCAUAUGACGGGGAUUACUACCUUGACCUACAAACCGCCAUCGGAAACCGAGGCAACACCAUCUCUCAGCCCUUGAGGAACCUCGACCCGAGCAUCGACUACACCUUCAGCAUGCAGGUGCAAGCGGCAUCGCCCGCCGCAAACUACUGCUCGCUUUAUGUGUAUAUGGGCAAGAACUCGACUACGGGUUUCGUGGCCACCGAUAUGCUGUUUAACUCCGGCGAGUGGACGUCUAUCACGGGGCAUUACCGGCCGAGGCUGGCGCAGGAGUAUCUGAAUAUUGUGGCUAGUUGUACCUUUGAGGGAUCUUCCUACACAGGGAGGGUGUUUAUUGAUGAUGUUGUGCUUGCCCCUUCGAGCUGUGAGGAUGGUGUUUAG